UUCCGCCGUAGGCAUCCAUAAAGUGUUGACUGUUGAGUGUGGCAUCUCUUUUCCACCGUUGACUGGUGUUUUCCAUCAAGUAACAAACUGGAAUGUUCACUACCCAGUUUUGUGGCUUCGUGGUUCGAAACAGUGUUGUUGUCCAAAUUUAAGUUCGCUGUUCAUAGCCUGCGUCAGUUGCUAUGAGUCGGGCAAAGCGGUCUGUUCAAAUGAGGUCGCCCGACGAGCGAUCAUCUCGAAAGAGAUCACUAGACUACGACCAGUCUCAUCCAAUACCUUCGGGAUCUAGCAGUUUAGGGCAUCGCGUAAAGUCUGUGACACGCUUCGCCCCCCUCCAUACUGAAUCACGGAGUUCAGACACAAGCCCGUCCUCUGACGUCGGAGUAAAUUCCGUAGUCCCGUUACAACCCCCUCCGGACUGUUACCGACAGACCCCACAAACGGGCAAUCAGCCUAUCGGUUUACGAACAGGACGAUUUAGUUCCAGCCUGCAGUUUCGCUCGGGCCAGCUCGUGCGCUUUUCCGAUUCUUCUGAUUUCCGUCGAGAUUCCGCGGAGAUUCUCCAGUCGACGCUGCCGAGCCAUUUCGUCCAUUCCCUGCUAUGUCCGUCCACCAUCGACAAAUACUUUGAGAUCGUUAGAGCGCGGAACAGUGCGCUGGAGAAGGUGAUCGCUGGUGUAACGGAGGCAUACGAAACCGCCUACGGCGACCAGAUUGUUGCCUUCUCCACCUUUAUGAUUACGGCGCUCCGGGACGGCCUCGUGCCGCAAGAGCCCCAGACAACACCGUCGCACUGGCUCAGGGUGAUCACAGCAGUUAUGGAAAGGACAGCUGAGCGUUUGGCUACCUUUGGCUCACUGUUGGUCGGUUUUCACGACCUUUCCUUCGACGACCAGCGGACGCUGUUAAUGGAAAAGUACCUCAUCAGCUAUCUGGUGCACUAUGCUAAUUACUUCCACAAAGGGGAGUAUUACAUAUGGAUUUCCACUGGUCGUGGCGGACUGCAUGUAUCCAGAUACGUCUUAGAAUCAGUGCUGAAGGUCGAUGGGGAUUACCUGCGGUUCCUUGGUUCGGGCUAUACAGCAAUUAACAGCAUUGGAUUGACGUUGGUGGAGCUCUAUCUCCUGCUAGCAGCGGCUAUUUUUUACCCAGAAACCACAAAAGCAUCGAACAAGACGCUUUUGGGACAUACGCACGCACUGUACAUGGACGCACUGUAUUAUGCCAUUGAAAAGCGGUUGAAUAUCGCCGAUUGCGCCGUGGUCUACGCGAAAGUGCGGAACAUUGUCAGUCAAUUCCCGUUGAUCGACACUGUCUCGGUGAACUAUGUGCAAAAUUUGAAUGUCAGUACUGUUCCGCUGCGCUCGCGUUCACUGGGCUUUAAAGAUUCGCUCCCAAGAUCAACUGAUGCACCGGAUGCUACCUGGAACUCUAACCCGGGGCGCUGAGUUUUAUUUAAUCUACUGUGAUGAAGAACGAUGUAUAAUUCACGACGGUCAUGAUCUCCACGAGAAGGUUGUUCUUUCCAUGUUUAGUACUUCUCCGCAAUGUGAAAUACGCCUUGCAGUGAUCUGUUGAGAAUAGUUUAGUUUUGUAUAUCCGAGUGUACUUUGCGUUCUAUCGUAAAAUCCCCACAGUACUUGACGGUCUUAACGGUCCUGUUAUUUUUGUUAUGUGAUCAGUCUAUAUAAAACAACAAGAAGGUGCAGAAUAAGAAGAU